AUGGAACAACCGAUAAAUACAAAUACAGAGGAAUCUGAUAAUGAAACUGUUGUCAUUGGUAGUCCAUCGAAUUUCUGGCGAUUUUCGUCUAAGAAUGGGUUUGAUUUGACUCGAGGAGGCUAUGAAGGAAAUUUUAUUCGUUUUGAGACAACUAAAAUGCCUAUUACGAUUGAUCCAGCUCGUUCAGCUCUGGUAAUCAUUGAUAUGCAGAAUUUCUUUUUAAAUCCAGCAAUAAAUUCGCAUCCAGCGGGUCUAGCUGCAUCCCAACAACUAUUGGACUCUGUGCUUCCUACUACACGUAAAAUUGCCAUGCAAGUUAUAUGGCUCAAUUGGGGCCUCACACAAGAAGACAUCGAUCAGGCACCACCCUCUGUAAAAGCAGCGUUUCAAUCUGACACACUCACUUGUCUACCGAGUGCUGCGCCAAGAAAAAAAAUCUACAAAGGUUUUGGUACAUCCAUAGGCGAGAUCAAACUUCCUGAUGGAAAACAUGUGGAAGGAGGACGUUUAUUGAUGCGUGAUACGUGGAAUGCUAGCCUCUACGAUCCACUUCUGGAGAGCUACAACAAUAGUCAAUCGAGUUCAAAACCUGACCAAUUGUUUCAUAAAGCUCGUGUGUCGGGUUUAUGGUCUCAUGAGAGUCCUAUACUUAGUUAUUUGCAGAGCAAUAACAUCGUCACACUUUUCUUCGCUGGCGUCAAUACUGAUCAAUGUGUAUCUAGCACAUUGCAAGAUGCUCUGAGUAAGAAUUUUGAUUGCGUUCUAUUGCGUGAUGCAUGUGGCACAAGUAGUCCGUCGUUUGCUCAACAAUGUAUCGAGUAUAAUUGUGCUCUUUAUCAAGGGUUUGUCAUGGAUGUCGAAAUGUUUUCCAGAGGAGUUCAUAGUCUCGAACAAAUGUGA